CUUUAGAUUCUGUUGAUCCUGGCAUCCAUUGUGGCCAUCAUUGUCUACCGCCUGGCUGCAUUUUUUGCCUUCUCAACUAAACUCAGAGCUCAGGACCUGAAGGAGCUGGAGCCCUUAAAGGACUAUGUGACGCCUCAGAUGGCCACGUCUGUCACAGCCUCCCUCAUCAGCUUUGUUGUGAUUAUGAUCCUCAACAUCCUCUAUGAGCGGGUCGCCAUCUGGAUCACCGACUUCGAGCUUCCACGAACCAAGACGGACUACGAGAACAGCUUGACCCUGAAGAUGUUCCUCUUUCAGUUUGUCAACUAUUACUCCUCCUGUUUCUACAUCGCCUUCGCCAAAGGGAAAGCGGUCGGCUUUCCCGGACAGCCUGUUUAUCUCUUGGGAAAAUACCGGAACGAGGAGUGUGAUCCUGGUGGUUGUCUGAUUGAGUUGACGACUCAGCUCUCUAUCAUCAUGGGUGGAAAAGCCAUCUGGAACAACAUUCAAGAGGUCUUGCUACCGUAAGAAGUCAGAAUCUAUGAACAAUUGUCAAAUAC